GGGGGGGCGGGGUGACGACGCAGUGCAACGUAUAGUGCGCAUACGGAGACAGUGGCAUGGAUUGUGCAGCAGCCGCCCUGGGUGCCGGUCCCGCGGCUUCGUGCUUCGCGUGAAAAUGGCAUGUAGCCAUGGCACCCACAGCAUCCCUGGCAUGAAUCCAUUCCAGUGCCUCCAUACUGUCUCCACUGUCUCUCAGGCACGGGGAUCACCGUCAUCAAAACGCCACACCUUCGUUGUGGAAUGAGAGGUGUUCCUUUUACAUAGUGUUCUGUAGUCAUGAGUCCACCUUUAUCACGGCUCUGUUACUAUCUCCAAAGACGUUACAAACCCUCAAUAAAGAUGGGACAAAAUGAUCCCACCAUUUCGUUUACACCUAGAUGUCAUUCUGGAAUAAAGACGAUAUGUUCCCUUAACAGAAGUGCUGUGUAAAAGGGGCUAAUGACAGUGAAGUUGUGUGGUAACAUGGUUUUACACCGUACCAAAGUCUUUGACAUACAUUUGCGUUUUUGGUAAUGUGUCUUCUAUUAUUUAUUCAUAGGCUUGAGUUGGUUCAAUUGAAUUAAAUAUUUUCUUCAGCAAAGGAUUUGCGGUUUUGAGGAUCACUGUUCAUUUCCAGUUCGAGUAUUUACAAACGUUCCUGAGCGUUUAAUUUUUACCCUGAAUUUUGUGACCAUUUUUACCCCUUGAAGGAAUUUGAUCUCUUAACUCACUGACAUGUUUCAGGAUCGUGGACGGCAAUUUAAAGGAGAUUGUACGCGUGCAAAACUUUUUUUCCGGCAUUUGAGACGUACGAAGACAGAAAAACCUUGGGAUUGAGUCAUGUCUCGCAGACGAAGCCGCAGCACAUCACCAGGGCGUUACUCACGCUCGUGCAGCAGUAAUGACCCCAGAGAUUUGGAAAGAAGGAUCUUUGUUGGGAAUUUGCCAACCUCCGACAUGGAGAAGAAGGACUUGGAAGAGAUGUUCAGCCCAUACGGGAAGAUAGUCGGCGUAUCCAUGUUUCGUGGAUUUGGAUUUGUACAAUUUGAUCGUGUUGAGGAAGCCGAAGCAGCAAAGGCAGCCCAAAAAGGUCGAAUAUAUAAAGGUUAUAAAAUAGAUGUAAAUAUGGCAGUGGAGCGACGGCAACCUAAACUUCAAUCCCAGCAGAGCCCUCCACGAAGGGCCCCCUAUAGCGGUUAUGGGGACAACAGAGAAGCCCGACCUCGGUCUCGUUCACCUGUUUAUGGGCGAGAGGGACGCGAGGCCCGAGAGUCUCGAGAACCCAGGGAUUCCCGAGAGCCACGAGACAGCCGCGAUGCGAGGGACUCUGGCCGAGAGCCCAGACCAGGCGGCCACUCCUCUCGGGACCACGAUUACCGAUACCGGAGCUCGGAGACCAGAGACAAGGACAGCAGAGGCGACCCCAGGGAUCCUGCGUAUAGCAGAGAGGACUAUGACCGGUUCUACCGCAGUGGCAGCGCUGCAGAUGACUUCUAUAGGAGGAAGGAUGAACCCCACAGGGACCCUUACAGAGACCCCUGGAACGGACGGCGUGAGCCAGAGGCUGCAGACGAUCGCACGAGACCUGAAGAGCGUCGGCGGAAUGAACUGUACCGACAGUACUAUGAAGAGCUCCAGCGUCGCCAUGACACCGACCGUCCUGUUGACUGCUCUGUGAUCGUCGUCAACAAGGCCCAAAAUAGGGAGUAUGCGGAGACAGUCGGGCGGAAGGUCCGUGAUCUGGGCAUGGUGGUGGAUCUGAUCUUCCUCAACACAGAAGUGUCCCUGACUCAAGCUCUGGAGGACGUGGGUCGUGCUCGUACUCCUUUUGCCAUCAUCAUCACCCAGCAGCACCAGGUCCACCGGUCCUGCACCGUCAACAUCCUGUUCGGUACACCACAAGAGCAUCGGAACAUGCCGAUGCAGGAUGCCAUGAUGUUGGUUGCCCACAACUACGACACAUACAAAGUUGAAAACCGUGAAAAAGAACGCGAGGAAAUUGCCAGAAAGGCCGCCAAGAUGGCUGACGAUGUGUUACUCAGAGAACCAGACAGAGAAACCCACCCCGUUUCUGUUCUUCCCUCCAUCACACUGCUGUCUGAAAACAGAUUUUUAACCCUAGACGAACUGGAUGGUCUGAUUGCGUAUUUGAAGGACAAAAGAACACGGCUGUCACGAAGCACAACAGAUCCAGCUGCUGUCCAUGCUGCCCCCCCUGUGGGAUCGCACCAUGACAUGCAGUCGUCCGCUGUGGGUCUGCCGCCUCCUUCCCACUCUGCUCACACUCUGUCCGGCGGCUCCAGUGGUCCGUCCAACUCCAGCCACCAGCAGGAGCUCCAGGCCAAGAUCCUGAGCCUGUUCAGUAACAGCGGGGCCUCUGCGGUCUCCGGGGGCCCAUCAGCCGCCAGCUCCACCGGGUCCUCCCAGGUCUACGGCUCCAUGGGUCCGUCUUCAGCCAUGCCGGUCUCCUCCCAGAACCAGCAGCGCCCCGCCAUGUCCGGUCCCUCUUCAGCCGGAUCCCAGGGUUACGGCACACCGCCGAGCCGCAUGCCGCCAGCCGCUCUCCGAGCCCCUAAUGCUACUUCAGGAAUCAACUUUGACAACCCGAGUGUCCAGAAAGCUUUGGACACCCUCAUUCAGAGUGGACCGUCAAUCAAUCACCUGGUGAAGGCCGGGGUGUCGCAGCAGCCACCCCCAAGACAAGCAUCCAGCAUGGGCCAGGGCCCCCCGCCCAUGUCCAUGUACCCCCGAUACUGAAGCUGUAGUUAAUACCAGUUCCCCUAACGUCAGCCCCCUCCCUGUGAUGAAAUAGACACGGCAUCAAUUUUCUGUGCAGUGAUUUUCGUUUUCUACUCUGAAUAUUGUGCCCUGUUGGAUCCGUUUGACUUCUUCAAGUUCCUGAUUUGUAUUUUAUUUAGUUUUAAUAAGGCUGGAAAUUUUGUAGUUAUGACAUUGAUGAUAAUUAUUCUGUGGAAGUUACACUGUGAGGCAGUGUUGCAUGUCUGAAGGUUAUUUUGGUUUAUGAUGGACUUCUCCAACCAUUGUCUGUUUUGUAGUUUUGCAUAGUUAACACUUUGUCUUUUUUUUAUUUUUGUCAAAACAAGACACAAUUAAAAACUCCAGACGCAACUGCUGUAUUAAAAUGGUAUUGGUUUAUUGCAUUUUGUGCUGACAAAUCUAUAAAAUGGAACGGGUAUCGCCAGAAGCCAUAGAGAUAUAAGCAUUGGAAAUGUAAGAUAAAACUACUUUUUCCUCUUUUUAAUGUACCAUGAAACACAAUAGAGAAUAAUACAUUUUUUUAUUUUGUAAUAUUUAACUUACACUGACAAAAUAAACACCUCCACACUAA